AUGGCGGAUCAACGCAUCGAUGUGCUAUUCUACCAUACUUCGUCUGACUGGAUCUACCAGGACCCGAAUCUCCACAUCCUGAAAGAAUCCGAGGCAACUCAGGAUUUCGAGUCCGAUACAACAUCUAUCGCUUCGCAAAUUGCCAAAGGCCGCAUAGAAAAUGGCCGCAGAUACCAGGCAUUGAAAGAUGAUGUCUACUGGAGCCCUUCAGAUGAACAACAAUUCGAAGCCUUCGAACUUGGGCAUAUGGUAUGCAUCAUGCUAGACUACCAUCGACCCAACCCUCUAUUCUCGGCUCCAAUCGGUGACAACCCUAAGCACAUUCUCGAUGUUGGAACUGGCAAAGGAAAUUGGGCUAUAGAUGUCGCAGAUCAAUAUCCGGAAGCAACUGUUCGCGGGACGGACCUCUUCCCUCCUCCGGUGACCUGGGUGCCCCCCAACUGCUUGUUUGAAGUCGACGAUAUUCAAAAAGAAUGGACGUGGAAAGAACCCUUUGAUCUGAUCCAUCUACGCCAAAUGCUUGGAUCAUUCACCCCGGAAGGAUGGAAAGGAUUAUAUCAACAAUGCUUCAAUAACCUAGCGCCCGGUGGCUGGAUCGAACAAAUCGAAUUUGAUGUCCGAGUGAGAAGUGAUGACGGAUCUUUGCCACCAGAUAGCGUUCUGGCUGGCUGGGGUGAUAACUUCAUUGGCUGUGCUGAAAGAGCUGGCCGAUCCCUGACAACCCAGGAGACAAUGCGAGCUUCUAUCGAGGCGGCCGGUUUUGUCGAUGUGCAUGAGCGCUUGUACAAGGUGCCCAUGGGUCCCUGGGCGAAGGAUAAGGUACUCAAGGAGGUUGGUCUGCUUAACCUGCAGCACUGGAAGUCCGGUCUGGAGGGAUAUGCCAUGUGGCUGCUGACAAAGUUCGGCGCGCCGGCUCCAUGGACCAAGGAGGAGGUUGAGGUCUAUCUGGUUAACGUGCGGAAGGAAUUGAAGGAUAACCGUAUCCAUGCUUACGGAUAUGCCCGGCGAGUGUGGGCAAGGAAGCCGAGGGAUGACCACAUGAUCCAGACUCUGGCCAAAGCUAAGCAGCCAUCGGAAUGA